AUCAUUAGGUGCGAGCAGUGUCAGGUAGUGACGAGAAAAACCCCUUCUCUAAUUCCGCGGGUGUUCAGUCAUUGCCGGAAAGUAAAAAAAUCGAGGGGGAAGGAGUGAGAAUAUUUGUGGCAGUUACACACGAGAGAUCGAAUGAGAUGGUAAAAAGAUGCGGCGAUCGAGUAGUAGUGCCAUUCCUGUUGAUGAGAUGUUGACAAGAUUUUUGCGAUGCUCGAGUCGUCCAGUUUUUUCAUGAGUACAGUUGAACAGAUUGUGCACAAAUGUCGAGGAACAACAUAACGUAACAGUGUGGUUUUUCGUUCUUUGCAAAUUUUACUUGUAUACGUAUGUAUGCGCGUAUAAAUAUAUAUGUAUACGUCAGUGUCCUAUCGGCGUGUGUAAAAUGGCGGCGUCUCGUUACCCCACGAAAUAUUACGAAUUUAAUAAAGUUUAUGCGAUUGUGUGCAGUUACGCGGCGUGAAUUAUGCGUUAUUAUCCGUGAUAAAGGGUGAAAAAAAAACGUCGAUAGUGUUCGACGAAGUGCCGGCGUGUGAACCAUCGUUGAACGGGAGUCUAGAGUUGUGUGCGUUGCGCGAAAAAGCUUGGAUCGAUCGGGGAACGCACGAGAGUCUCUAAAAAGGCAAGAAUAUCAUUGCGUGUAUUGGAGAAAGAGAGAAAGGAAAAUAGCGAAAAAGCGCGUGUGUGUGUUUUCGAAGGAAUAAACGCGAAAGAAAGACUUUCGUAGUUUUGGUGUCCUGCUCUUUCUUUUGGUUCUCCGACCACGAAACGACAAGUUUCGUGGAACAAUACAAAAAUAUUUCGUUCUACGCGAAAAGGGUGGUUACUAAAUUGCGUCGAUAGAAUAUUUAACAAACGAAAAGCAAUCGACUAAAUCGAUCCUAUUUUACUAAUGCAAUCAAUGCCAACGGAUCUACGAAACCACGCGAGUACGUGAGAAAAAACCGAACGAAGAGAGAAUAACACGUAUCGACGAGUCGAGUAUAUUGCGUGUUCAUUUGGAGUGUGCCAUUUUUCGACAAUAGGUUGGCUCGUCGAAUGCACAACGACACGAUGAUAUUGACUUUGUCCAUUGGUGGAGCAACGUCUUAUUUUCUUCGACUUCGGGGACGUCGACGACUCGGGAUUUCACAUCGACAAGACUCUUCCCACUGAUUCGGAAACCCCUUACAUUGGGCUCGUGUUUCUCUCGACUCACGCGUGUGCCGCUCUCCGCGCGUGUGUAUGCGAUUUUGCCUGUUUUUCUUUCCUUCGCCAAACACCGGAUAAAUCUUCGUCAGCGAGGAUGAGAAGCGUCAGGAGCAUCGGGACCGCUGGCAUAAUAGGCCUCGCGAUCUUUUCGAUAAUUCACAUCCUGUGCCCGGUCGAUGGUCUCAAGUGCUAUUGUGAUAUCUGUGCCGAUACUAAUUACACUUGCGAGACCGAUGGCUAUUGUUUCGCGAGUACUAACCUCGACAAGGAUGGAAUAACUCAUGCUCGCAGGUGUUAUUCUAAGACGCGGUUCUUCCCAGUGCCCGAGUACUCCAUAUGGUGUACGACAAAUGACACAUUGAAAACUCCAGGAGGCGGUGAAUUCGUCGUAGCCUGUUGCGAUAACGUUGAUUACUGCAAUCGUCAUCUCAAGCCAUCCCUUCCCUCUAAGAUAACCGCAGAUUCUUCUCCACGUGUUACAUCGAACGGAGGGGUCGGGGCGUGGGCAACAUGGAAAAUGGCAUUGACGAUAGCGCUACCAAUCUGCGCUAUUUGCGUUGUCGUUAUGGUGGUUUAUCAUAUCCACAUGACUCGGAGAAGACCGGCGAGACACUUCCCAGACGAUUCACUCGAAGCACCCGAUCGACCCAUUCUCGGUGGUGUUACCAUCAGAGACAUGCUGGAAAUGACCACGAGCGGUAGUGGCUCAGUAGGCCUGCCGCUGUUGGUACAACGGAGUAUAGCCCGCCAAAUCCAGCUCGUCGAGACAAUCGGCAAAGGGCGGUUUGGUGAGGUCUGGCGUGGACGCUGGCGGGGUGAAAAUGUCGCUGUGAAAAUUUUCAGCUCGCGAGAAGAGAGAUCGUGGUUCAGAGAGGCCGAAAUAUAUCAGACUGUUAUGCUCAGGCAUGAUAAUAUUCUCGGUUUCAUAGCUGCCGAUAACAAAGAUAAUGGAACUUGGACGCAGUUAUGGCUAAUCACGGAUUAUCACGAGAAAGGCUCGCUCUUUGAUUACCUGAAUCGCUCGACCGUCGACACGAACGGAAUGAUCAGAAUGGCCCUAUCAAUGGCUACGGGACUUGCACAUUUGCAUAUGGAGAUUGUUGGCACUCAGGGAAAACCAGCGAUCGCUCAUAGGGAUUUAAAGUCAAAGAACAUUCUGGUUAAGACGAAUGGCACGUGUGCCAUUGGUGAUUUGGGUCUUGCUGUUCGUCAUGACGUCAUCACCGACACGGUAGAUAUACAGUUGAACAACAGGGUUGGAACUAAGCGAUAUAUGGCUCCCGAGGUUCUCGAGGAGGCGAUAAAUAUGAAUCAUUUCGAUUCGUUCAAGAGAGCAGACGUUUAUGCGCUCGGCUUGAUUCUAUGGGAAAUAGCGAGGCGAUGCAACGUCGGUGGUAUACACGAUGAGUAUCAAUUACCAUUUUAUGAUUUGGUACCGUCCGAUCCGACGAUCGAGGAAAUGCGCAAAGUCGUUUGCACCGACAGACAGAGGCCAUCGAUACCGAACCGAUGGCAAUCGAUUGAAGCACUUCAAGUUAUGUCGAAAGUGAUGAAAGAGUGUUGGUAUCACAACGCAGCGGCGAGAUUAACUGCACUGAGGAUUAAAAAAUCUCUAGCGAAUUAUGGCGCCAUGGAAGAUCUGAAGUAGUGAAAGAAGAAAAACGGGCGAAGAAACAAAUAAAUCAUCGUAUUUUACGAACAGACGAACAAAAUCCUCAUUUUUCAACUGUUUCGAGAACUUUCGUGGUGAAAGAUCGUGACAUUAAAAAUGAUGCACUUGUGUCGCAUCGAAACGCUCGAAUGAGAUCCUCCAUCAACAGGAUUUCGACGAGGUGUGCAGCUAUAAGUAUAACAAUAAAUAUAAAAACUGUUACGUAAAUCAUUCCUAUCCGGAAAUAUGCGCAAAAGUGCCGAGAGAUCAAUUGUUCCAGAAACCUGUUCGUUUCUGGCAAGGUUUUUUUUUAUUUUUUUUUUUUUUAAAUAUACAUAAUAAUUAAUUUGGCGAACCCCUCGUUUCGUUCAACGAGCGGUUCUCAGCUACGAUAAAAAUGUUGUGCCCGCACUGGCCAAGGCCUUCGAGUUCGAAUCGAGAUUCAAGUGUCUCGAUAAAACCAAAAUAAUUCCUUUCAUUCGAUCGUGUCUCAAUCUUGAAUACCAUUUUAAAAAGAAUUCGAAUCACGCUCGGUUAAGAAUGACUAAAUGAAUAUAUCGAAAGUGCUCGAAAUUGUUUGCGCGCCUCCAAGAAAAUAAAUUUAUUGGGAUGAACUUUUUUGAGCGCGAAAACUCCAUUGGUCUUCGUUGGCCUCAAUAUUUUCGUAUAAGGCUCCAGACAUGAAUUACAAGGAGUGUUAGCACUGCCUUUGAGCCGUCAAUAUAUCGGUGACAUACGUAUGACCUAAAAAUUAACGAAAAAAAUAAAAACAAACCAAAAACAAAAAAUUACGAUAAAUGUACACGAGUACAUGCGAGCGAUACGAUUUGUUUUAACGUUAUAAGCACACCCGAAUGUUUUUGCUCAAAAAUGAAUGAAAAAUCGCGGAUAAGAUGGAAGAGGGGGGGGGGGGGGGAAGAGUUGAAAAAAAAUAAUAUUCCAUAUGGAGAGCGUUUAACGAGAAAGAAAAUGGGUGCAAUAUCCUAACUCGUUAAUCGGAAUUAUUGCGCGACUAUUUCGAAAGUGUUUCCUUUGUAACGCGUCAAGGCUGAGGUUUAAGGGUGCUAUGUGAGCGGAAUAUUGUAUUUGGGAACGAUUAGAUGAUUUUGACGAAUGUUGUCUGUAUGUCUGCGUGCGUAAAAGAACAAGAAAUGUGGGAGAACGAGAAAAUAUAUAAAACCGAUGACGAAAGAAAAAUUUGAAAUCGUGAAUCGACGACAAAAUUUAAUCACAAGAGAGAACUCUAUUUUCGGGGAAUUUUUUCAUUUGUAGACUUCGGUACGGGGAUUUAAAAAUAAGUUGCAUUACCGAUAGAAUCCAACGAGUUUAUUUGGAUAAUUAUCGAUGCAAAGUUUAAGUAUAAAAAUGUAUGAAAUUACACGAUUGAGAACUCUUGCAGCUACUUUUCCAGCCAAACAUUUCACUCGGUCAACACUUUUUUUGGCUAAACUUUAACAAAAUUUAUUUUGAACUUGAACGGUAAAACAAAAAUUUGAAUUUCACGCAAAAUAAACGCCAAAUUGAUUUGUGAAAGGAAAUCAUGCAAAUAUUCAUUGAUGAAUUUUCCACUGAGUACUGAAAUUGCUAGCGAUUGGAAUUUCGGCUGGAAAUGUACGUGCAAAGAAUUUAUCAUAAAAGUAAAGAAAAGAGGAAGAAAAAUGUUUCGUGAACAAAUCCACGAAGUGACGGGAUUGCAUUAGAUGUAAAUUGCUAGCGUAGUUUUAUGGAGAGUCGGAGACGUAAAAGAUUGGUCUGAUAGGUAAAGAGCAGUGAAAUGAGAACGAACAAAAAAAAAUCACACAAGAAAAAAGUACAGAGUCACACGAAACCGAGAAAUGAUUUUUUGUCACUUGUCUCGGGACUGUUAUUCCCAAAGGAAAUUACAUAGUACUAGAACCGUUGAGAGUGAGAGUGCGGACGUUAUACGACUGGAUAUAGAAAAUCAAGGGUUAGAAAUUGCGAGCAUGUGUGGUGAAUUAUGAAAAAAGAACAAAAAUAUAUAGAAACAGGAGAAAAAAGAACAAAUCAUGGUCAUCCAAUAGCAAACGUAAGAGUCUUCGGAGUGUUCCAUCAUGAGUUUAUACAUAUAUACAUAUAUAUAUAUAUAUAUAUAUACAAAAACAAAUAACAAAUAACUGAGAGAACGCAAAUUAUACGCGUGUAUCGUAUUUUUCCAUUCUUUUUCUAUUCGACAACAAUUCAUACACUACAGUUUAGACUGAAUAAUUCUACGAAGGCCCAGCAGUUGAAUCUUUUAAGAUAUCUUAAUUUUUUCAAUAACAUACUUUUUUCGUCGUUUCUCGAUUGUCUGACAACGUAUACUGUUUGAAAAUCGUCGUAUCUAUCGUUGACUUAUAUUUGCCUCGAGAUUUGACGAGUUUGGUUUUUCUCACUCUUACACCACUGUGCUCAACAUUUUUACAUUUCAUUGGUCUUUCUUUGAACGUAACCCAACAACGAAAUCUGCAAAAAUAUAUUUUUGCCAUUGCAAAACUUCAGAGAUUGGUGAAUGAAAGGGGUCGACUUUGUCGGGCUCCAACAACGCGCGAUCUUUAUCAUGACGAAUUUUAAAACUUCGAUAUCCGGGAGUCGCGUUCAUAGUCAAUGGAGUUGAACGCUCGAAAUAUUCGAAAGACGAAAACUCGGCAGUCAGCAAUAUUUACGAUGAAUUUUCGCUAGGUUUUACUAUUUCUGAAUCAGAACACGCUGCUAAAGUCCACGCUCGUGGAUCGCAAUUCACACAAAGACUGAAACUAAUAUUCGUACUAGUACGAUUAAUAAUUAAAAGGCAAAAACAAACUAUGGAAAAAAAGAACAUAGUCGAGGAGCAACGCGUCUCGAAUCUCGUGACGAAUGACGCGAAACAAUUGUACCGUUCGUGCAAGUCGAUAGCGAGACAAUUAUUUCCCUUUCUUAACUCCCCUACGAAGCCCAAAACUCUCUUCAUACAUUCCUAUUACACGUAGGUUAAUUUUAAUACGUAAUUAACGAUAAUUUAAAUACGUCGAAGCUUCGCGUUGUGCGGUUACCCUUAAAAUAAUUCAUUUAUAUUAUCCCGACAUUAUGUAUAUGUUACAUAUAUGAUACAGGCAUAACACAUAAUAUAUGAUAUAAUAGUAAAUAUAUAUUUAUCGUUUUUAACCAUUGUGACGUGAAGUAUCGACGCAAUCUCUCUUACAGGUUUAUCAAACCAUUUAGUACAAUCUUGUGCCAAUACCUGACGAAAAAAAAAGUUAACUAAAUCGAGAUACACAGCAGUUUGUUCACCCAGACAAAAAUAUACGUGAGCUACGUUCUCACAUUCUCUCUUCAUUCCUCUCUCUUGAAUGCACAAUCAAUUCGUUCUUAUAGUGUUGGAAAAAUGAAAUAGCUUUGCAAAAAGCUACCGAACAGCAUAUCCCUCUUCGCCUUUUUCUCCCUGAUUUUCUACCCCAGAAUUCACAUAUGAAUAAUGUAACGGUGAUUAAUACACCGGAGUUUAAUCGUCUUUACUGAAUCACAUUUGCCAUUGGCUAUUCACGAAGCGGAAAGUGCACGAAGUAAAUAGCUUCCCAUUCAAUUGAAAUGAAUUUAACAACAUUUUUUGUUCAACGUGAAUAGAAUUUCCCAUAUUGUCCAGACGAUUGAUGUUUUUUAACGUCACUAUAAACAGUUCUACUUGAUUGGUUUUUUUUCUUUCUUGAAUCUAUGGAACCAUGUGCAAAACUGCUGGGCCCUGUAGAACACGAAACAGUCCUAUCUCACUUCGAUGUAACCGAUAAAACAGCCAAACUGCCAAUAAACCACACGAGUUUUCAACCCAUGCUCCGAAAAAAUUGUAUAAAUAUAAUCAUAGGAUUGUGAAUAUAAAUAAACGCGUGUACGCGUACGCCUAUCUCCCUACCUGCUCCGACGUUGAACCCCCGACUGUACAAAUUAUUGAUACAAGUGAUAGAGAGAGAGAGAGAGAGAGAGAUUACGAAAAUUUGGCGAGUUUACAAAGGAUGAUAAUGGAAACGAAACACGAAAGAAGAAAAACAAAAGAGAAAAAAAAACAUUAUGAAAAUGAGCCAACGGCAUUAGGAAAAGAUUUAGGUACCUCUAGAACGAUAUCCGCACUAUAUUAUGUCUAGUUUUUAUGCAUACAUAAAUACGUACACGUACUAUAUUAGAAUAGGAGAAGUAAGAGAAACAUAAAACAUGGGAAAAAAGGAAAACGAAAAGUAACGAUCGAAAGAAACAAAUUGUUGAACUACUUUUUCAAACUAUGUUCGAUUUUUAGAAUUUUAAUCGUCGCGUUUGAGGGUUCCUUUCACUCCAUUUUAAAUCUGCAUCUUUUCUACCUCUCGAUGCAAACGUAUCCGGAAUAUAUAUUAUUGAAAUAAAUCGUUAGUCGAUAUUUGCCUUCCUAUCCUCUUUUAUACCUUCAACUUUCUCUGUUUUUUAUUUAUUGCUCUUCACUCUCUUCCACCGACCACGAGUACUAUUUUAUGUGUAUGAUAACUAUUACGUUGUAAUAAUUUCAUUCCGGAUUCGUUUGCAGUUAUAAAAUAUUUUUCUCCCCUAAUAUUCCGUGGGAAACGAUCGAUAUCAUUUUUUUUUUUAUUAUUGUUUUCUCGAGGUCACGAAUUCAUCGAAGUCGACAAGCGAUCACACAGUUUAAUAACUGAUAUUUUUGGAAAUUUUUUUGUAUUUCGAUUAUAAAUAUUUUUAUUCGAAAUUUGCUAAUUUAUUGUGAAAAAUCCACCGAUCUCUCUUCGUUAUUUAUUCCGAGAAAAUAUUAAUAUAACAAUGGAUUUUUCAAAGGGAAAACCUUAAUUACCGUGAUUCGGACGGAACGAAUGUCUUCGAAACUUGAAAUUUUUCUUCAGCUUUUCGUUUAAAAACUCAACAUUGAUAAAUAAAUGCGUCCGAAAUGUUUCAGUGCGAUUGAAAAGCGAAAAAUUUAUUUCUUUAAAAGUUUCUCAGGGUUUCCAACGAUUGCUCACCCACGUAAAAUUCAUAACGCAAAUAAUAUUUGUGUGCGGAAUAAGUAAUUUGUGACGAUUGAUUGUUCCAUCGAUGCUGUCGCGCCUCUUCGGGUCUCCUUUCCUCCGGCUAUUUUUUUCCGUGUAUGAUACUCUGUACAUAAAGAAUAAUGAAAAGGAGGGUGUAAGUGCGUGGUUAUCAAGCGACGAGAGGAGCACGAACGACGAUAAUUCGUAAAUUUGGUUAAGCGAACGUAGGCGAUUAUACAAAGUCGCGAAGAUCCGGUGGACGGUUUUUCUAACAAUUUUUAAAUUAUCGUUUUUAAUUUGUAAAUGACACGAGAAAAAGAAUAAUCGAUAGGUAUGCGAAUAAUUUAUAUAUUUUAUUUCCUUUGCCACAUUGACGUGUCGAAAAUUGAAAAAAUAGAAUUCAGUGAAACAUUAGUCAUGUUCGCAGCGAUAAGGGCGGACAGCACGUUUUCACAAGAGCAGUAGGCGCGUUUCGAGUUACCGUUUUCAAUUAUUUCAACAUUUUUUAAAACUCCAACCCCCGACACUUGAUUCAAAGCCAAUAAUUGUGAGAAGCUUGGGAUUGAAAAUUGACAAGUGUGUAACGUUCUUUUUCAAUAUUCAUUUUCCUCAUUACUUUAUUGAAAACACAUACACAGACACACUCAGAUCUACCAAUUAUAAAAUAGAAUUCCCGAUGGCGCACACGUCUCACACACAGUACCAAAUCACACGAACACAAAGACAGAAAAAUAUUGACGCGAAACAAAAAGAGUCGAAUCCCGAUUGACCAAUAGAUGAAAUGAAAAUAAAUAAAAAAAUACAACGUUUUUUAAAAAAGCGUUCAGAUACAUUAACGAUUGUGUAACAAUAUUCAUUAUAGUCUGCUAAUAUAUUACAAUAAUGAUUAAUAAUUAUGAAAUAUUCCGUAAACGAAGCGUAGGAAUUUUGAAUUGAAAACACGGAUGCGUGCUGUCUCGUUUUUUCAUGAAAUUUCGUCAACAUUUUUAUUCGUUAUUCUUUCGAAAUUCCAUAUUGUGCUCCGACCUUUUGCAAUGUAUCGUUUUUGUUUGCGAAGGCAAAGUAAUGUGUUGCGAGGAAAGCGCGAAUGAGUCUGCGUGAGUGUAUACGUUGACGAACGAGGUUAUAUGGAUAACGUUGAUAGAUAUAUUAUCGUAUCUAAUGUUUUAAUAAUAAUUCAUGAUUUUUUGUGACGCGAUGAAAAAUGGGCUUCGAGGCUCGUGAAAACUCGAAAUGAGAGCUCGCUCGAUGGAGAUCGCGAGUCAUACAUUUUGUACGGAUCAUCAUUCAAUACCGGUAGUUUCAUUUUUUUUAAUCAGCUGGAAUACUCCGACUGUGAAAAUCGCAGCCACGCAUCAAGGAGAUUUCGAGUUUUUGCGAUCCUUCGAACGACGAAUGUGCUCGGUUGAUCAUACUACGACAAACACCAUUGUGGUUGGAAUACAAGUAAUUCGCUGGAAUAAAGAAAUUUACUUUCAAAAGGAAAACAUAAAAAUAAACGAACAAAAAAAUUUAA